UAUUCAAGCAGCUAUUUUACAACCAGGUCUCUUAUCUGUGUGAACUUGUUGCAGCCAAAUGACUUUGGACCGGUUAUCAAAUCCAAGGCUUGAAUCAUUUUUUACAGUCGUGUCCUGACACACCAGAGAAACCAGGAAGCAUCUGUUCCUCCCUGAAGAGACGCAGGCUGAAAACCAGACGAUCACAUUCACCUUCCAAACCAAACUGAACCAAACCAGACCAAACGUCCUGAGUGAGUCCAGCUACAGGAGAGAAGAGUCAAACUACAACCUGCCGACGCUCCACACACUGACCCUUCACCUGGAGACUCAAUGGCUUCCAGAUUAGAAGAGGAUCUCUGCUGUCCCGUCUGCAAAGAUGUCUUCAGAGAUCCUCUCAUUCUGUCAUGUAGCCACAGCUUCUGUAGAGACUGUCUGAAGACCUGGUGGAAAGACAAAAAAGUAAAAGAGUGUCCAGUUUGUAAGAGAAGAUCUUCAAUGUUGGAACCGACUAACCUGGCGUUAAAAAACGUGUGUGAGACCUUCUUACAGGAGAGAGAUCAGAGCUCUUCACCUGCUCUCUGCAGUCUGCACUCAGAGAAACUCAGACUCUUCUGUCUGGACCAUCAGCAGCCAGUGUGUCUCGUCUGCAGAGAUUCAAAAAAACACACCGGCCACAGAUUCAGACCCAUCGAUGAAGCUGCACAACAACACAAGAAGCAGCUUCAGGAAACUCUGGAGCCCUUGAAGAAGAAGUUACAGAGUUUUGAACGUGUUAAAGUAGAGUUUGAACAAACAGCAGAACACAUUAAGGUCCAGGCCGGACUCACAGAGACGCAGAUCAAGGAGCAGUUUAAAAAGCUUCAUCAGUUUCUGGAGGAGGAAGAGGAGGCCAGGACGACUGCACUGAGGGAGGAAGAGGAGCAGAAGAGUCACAUGAUGAAGAAGAAGAUUGAGUCUCUGAGCAGAGACAUGACGUCUCUUUCAGACACAAUCAGAACCACAGAGGACGAGCUGAGAGCUGAAGACGUCUCGUUCCUGCUCAACUACAAGGCUGCAGUGGAACGAGUCCAGCAGCGCCCCCUGCUGGAGGAUCCACAGCUGGCCUCAGGAGCUCUGAUAGACAAGACCAAACAUCUGGGCAACCUGAGCUUCAACAUCUGGAACAAGAUGAAGGACGUGGUCUCCUACAGUCCUGUGGUUCUGGACCCAAACUCUGCUCAUCCAGAACUCGUCCUGUCUGAAGAUCUGACCAGUUUGAGACGAGGAAAGAAACAGAAGCUUCCUGACAAUCCAGAGAGGUUUGAUUAUUAUGUCUCAGUCCUAGGAUCUGAGGGAUUUAACUCAGGGACUCACAGCUGGGACGUCCUGGUUGGAGACAAUACACGCUGGUUACUGGGUGUAAGAGCAGAGUCUGUCCAUAGAAAGGGAGACAAACAGUCUAGAGCAUGGAGAAUAGUGUUACGGGGGGGUAAAUACUCAGCACUGUCACCAUCAGGAUCAUCUGAUCUCACUCUGCACAAGAUCCAGAGGAUCAGAGUGAAACUGGACUGGAACAGAGGAGAACUGUCGUUCUCUGAUCUUGAUACUAACAAACACAUUCACACCUUCACACACACUUUCACUCAGAAGAUGUUUCCAUACUUUUACACUGCAGAUCACUUGAAGCUGUUACCUGUGAAGGUCUCUGUGACGCUGGAUCAGAGCCGUUAGACAUAAAGAUUUUAUUCAUCAUGUUUAUUUCUUCAAGAGAAAUCUGCUGAAUUUAAAGUUAAACUCGUUAUUCUAAAGCUUUGUUUAUUUCUCCUUUUACUUCUCAAUCAUUUUAAUUUCUCCUGACCACUUUUCCACGUGUAUAAAAAGAUUUGAUUAUUUCUGAUCUUUAUCUUUCGUUGUUUUUUUCCAUGAACUCGAGCUAAAUGAUGAAGAUCCACAUAAAAACACAUUUAUCAAUAACAGCUGAUCAUUGUUCACAUUCAACUAACUUUAUUAAAACUCACAUAUGAGACAUGAUUCAUGUUUAAUCACAUAAAGUCUGUUCACAUAUAUGAACAUUUGUCUGUUUGAUGUAAUGAAGCCAAAAUGAUUCUGUCUGUAAAAGUGUUUAUUCAACAGCAGCCUAGAGAUGUGAUUUUAAU